GGCCGGGGCGGUGGCCUCCCCCUUGUCCCCCGGCCGCUGACGGUGCUGUGUGUGCAGUGCGUGUGCUCCGGCCUUCCCGGACGCACCAGCUCCGCCGCACCAUUUAUUACUAAAAAAAAAACACCUUUAAAAAUCCAAAAAAAAUCUUAAAACCCGAAAAACAAUUAUUAAAAAAAUCCCUCUCCUUCUUUUCCUCCCCGUCUGAAACCGGCCGGUUUGGUAUAAAAUAACCCGGUGAAGCGAAGCGAAGUCCCGGACCCGGCGCAGCCAAGAGGAGACCCGCCCGAAGCAGCAGCAGGAACAACCGCAGCAGGAAAAGCCGCCAGCAGCAGCAGCCCCUUCCCACCCUCUCUCCGCCGGCAGCCGCGAGCGCUCGAGCGACCCGGAGCCGCCAACCGUCGCCCAACCGCCGCCGCGGAGCCGUUAAGUUCAGAACCCGCCGCGGCCUCCUUGGCGCUCGCGAGCCUGCCCUGCCGCCUGGACCCCCCUCCCCGCCCCCCGGCCAGCAUGAACCCCAGCGCCCCCAGCUACCCGAUGGCCUCGCUGUACGUGGGGGACCUGCACCCCGAUGUCACCGAGGCCAUGCUCUACGAGAAGUUCAGCCCCGCCGGGCCCAUCCUCUCCAUCCGCGUCUGCAGGGACAUGAUCACCCGGCGCUCGCUCGGCUACGCCUAUGUCAACUUCCAGCAGCCCGCCGACGCUGAGCGAGCUUUAGAUACUAUGAAUUUUGAUGUCAUUAAAGGCAAGCCAGUGCGUAUCAUGUGGUCCCAGCGCGAUCCAUCUCUGCGUAAAAGUGGUGUUGGAAACAUCUUCAUUAAAAACUUGGACAAAUCGAUUGAUAAUAAAGCUUUGUAUGACACAUUUUCUGCUUUUGGAAAUAUCCUCUCUUGUAAGGUUGUGUGUGAUGAAAAUGGAUCCAAAGGCUAUGGAUUUGUACACUUUGAGACGCAAGAAGCUGCAGAAAGAGCAAUUGAAAAAAUGAAUGGAAUGUUGCUUAAUGAUCGCAAAGUAUUUGUUGGACGGUUUAAAUCUCGUAAAGAACGUGAAGCAGAACUUGGAGCUCGUGCUAAGGAGUUCACAAACGUUUACAUCAAGAAUUUUGGAGAAGACAUGGAUGAUGAGAGACUCAAGGAACUCUUUGGCAAGUUUGGGCCUGCCUUAAGUGUGAAAGUUAUGACUGAUGAGAGUGGGAAAUCCAAAGGCUUUGGUUUUGUUAGUUUUGAAAGACAUGAGGAUGCUCAAAAAGCUGUAGAUGAGAUGAAUGGAAAGGAACUGAAUGGAAAACAGAUAUAUGUUGGCCGUGCUCAGAAAAAGGUAGAAAGACAAACAGAGCUGAAGCGUAAAUUCGAACAAAUGAAGCAGGACAGAAUCACCAGAUAUCAGGGAGUUAACCUUUAUGUGAAAAAUCUAGAUGAUGGAAUUGAUGAUGAGCGCCUUCGCAAAGAAUUUUCUCCAUUUGGCACAAUCACUAGCGCAAAGGUCAUGAUGGAAGGGGGCCGAAGUAAAGGAUUUGGGUUUGUCUGCUUUUCCUCACCAGAAGAAGCAACCAAAGCCGUUACAGAAAUGAAUGGUAGGAUUGUGGCCACCAAACCACUCUACGUAGCCUUAGCCCAACGUAAGGAAGAACGCCAAGCUCAUCUUACCAACCAGUACAUGCAGAGAAUGGCAAGCGUAAGAGCAGUGCCCAAUCCUGUCAUCAACCCUUACCAGCCAGCACCUCCUUCAGGUUACUUCAUGGCAGCUAUUCCACAGACUCAGAAUCGUGCUGCAUACUAUCCUACCAGCCAACUUGCUCAACUCAGACCAAGCCCUCGCUGGACUGCUCAGGGUGCCAGACCUCAUCCUUUCCAGAACAUGACAGGUGCCAUCCGCCCUGCAGCUCCCAGGCCACCAUUCAGUACCAUGAGGCCAGCUUCAUCACAGGUUCCAAGAGUCAUGUCAACACAGCGUGUUGCUAACACAUCAACACAAACAAUGGGUCCACGUCCAGCUGCAGCAGCAGCUGCAGCUACUCCAGCUGUGCGCACCGUUCCACAGUACAAGUAUGCUGCAGGUGUUCGCAAUCCUCAGCAACACCUUAAUACUCAACCUCAGGUUGCUAUGCAGCAGCCUGCUGUCCAUGUGCAAGGUCAGGAACCUUUGACUGCUUCCAUGUUGGCUGCUGCCCCUCCACAAGAACAAAAGCAGAUGCUGGGAGAACGGCUGUUCCCUCUUAUUCAAGCCAUGCAUCCUACUCUGGCGGGUAAAAUCACUGGUAUGCUGUUAGAGAUUGACAACUCCGAGCUCCUCCACAUGCUGGAGUCUCCUGAAUCUCUUCGGUCGAAAGUUGAUGAAGCUGUGGCCGUACUACCCAAGAGCUCCCAUCCAAAGCGU